AUGGAUGCAAGCGAGGCCCCCGAUGACACUGGCCUGUUGCCGACCGAGGAGUCUGGGUUGAUUCCCUAUGCAAAGUUGGCGUAUGGUCACUUUUUCGAGAGCCGGAAGGACGACCUGACGAGGUGGUGGCUCCAGCUCAUCGAGAAGAGUACGGAUUCGUUCCUUCGCUCGCUGGGCUAUGACUUCGACGCCGUGCCCUUUCACUACAUAGACCAGCCGCCUCGCUCGAUGCCCGUCAUCCUCAAGAACCUGCAGAUGAUACGCUUCCUGCUCAAGGCGUCGGGCAAAAACCUCGACAGCGGCUCACUGCCGAUGAGGCGACACCUACUGGAUGGGCUGGUGAACCCGCUCAAGAGGGUAAUCUACUCCCGAAUUGACGAGUACGCGCACAGCGUGAUGCUCUUCCUCUGGAACGAGUGCAAUUCGCUGCUGGGCCUUCACCUCGCCGACACCGAUGGACACUUGAGCUUCGCGCCCUCUGCCAUGCCACCUUGCACGGCCACGAGCGAUCGGAAAGGAAAGGGAAGAGCGAGCGGUGCUGAUGACGAUGGAGUGCUGGUGCCCUGCGCCGAUCUAGAAUCCAUCAAGGAGCGAUUGCAGAGGACAGACACCAUCCCCGAGGGACGAAGGAAAGUGCUGCUCAGUCUCCUCGGCGACAUCCACUACAUCGACGAGAUGAAGAGACUCGAACAGGACUUCUUCGGCGAUCCUUCGGCACCGCCGCAGGAACGGCAGAAGAAGUCACCACCAUCCGACAUCGUCCCCGUAACCGGCCUCAUCGUGGGCAAGCUUCACCGAUUAGAGAACGAACUCAAGACCGUCGUUGAGCACUGGUCGCGGCGCGGUCUCUAG